AUGUGGCGACUGCUGCUUCUGCUGGGCCGGGGCCGCUGCGCGCCCGCUCCCGCCCGCCCCGCCUGUGCCCCGGGGCUGGGCGGCGGCCGGGGGCACAGCCCCGAGCGGGCGCCCGCGUGUCAGGAUGGCCCGGAGCGAGGAGGAGGACGGCGGCAGGCGCUGCCCGGCCUGGUGCCCCGCUAUUCCGUGCGGGACGCCGUCACCUGGGGCGCUGUGGGCGCGCUGCUGCUGCAGCUGCUCAGGCAGAUCGCGUGGCUCCGGUCGCUGCCGGACUCCCGGACAGAGCGAAGGCUUCCCUGGCGAUCCUCGCUGCCCUCCCGGCCCGCAGUGGCUGAAACCUCAACCAGCUCUCCUGGCGAGCAGCUGGGCUCCCAGAUCCUGCAGAAAGCAAGUCCAGAGGCUGUAGCAGAGAAUUCCUCCUCAGGCAUACCCUCGGGGCGAGGAGAGAGCCAGCCCUGGGCAGAAGCAGGUGAAUUCCAAAUCCCUGUGAGCUCCAGGGUGGGGCCACUUCUUCACAAUGCAAAGGGUGACCCAGCUCAGCGAGGGCACUUAGAGGAAGCCGCUUUCCAAUUGCAGCAGAUUUUCCGAAUUGAUAUUUCCAUUGCCUUGAAUAUCCUUGGCAUCGAGAGCAUGAGGGCGGGGCACUGCCGGGUGGCCUUCACCUGCUUCAAACUGGCAGCAGAUCGAGGCUACAGCAAAGCCCAGUUCAACGUGGGGCUGUGCUACGAGCAUGGCAGGGGCACAGAAAAGGACUUGGAAAAGGCAGGUUUUUAUUAUUCCCAGGCAGCCAGCAGCCAUCACCCCAUGGCCCAGUACCGCUACGCCAGGUUCCUGCUCCAGCACGGCCCUGGCAGCCCCUGGGACAGGCAGCACAAGGCUGUGACACUCCUGGAGCAAGCAGCAGGGGCUGGGAUCACAGAGGCACAGGCUUAUCUUGGAGUGUUCUACAUGAGGGGGCUGCAGCCCCAGGAGAAGAGAGGUCUGAAGUACCUGCUGCAGGCAGCAAACAGUGGGGAUGCCCAGAGCAGGUUCCACGUGGGCGUUUGCUACGAGCAGGGCCUGGGAGUGCAGCAGAGCCUGGCAGAAGCACUGAGGCACUACCGGCAGUCGGCAGCCGCUGGGAACAGGCAGGCCCAGGAGAGACUGCAGGCUUGGGAGCAGGAGCUGCAAGAUGUGCACACAAAGCAUCCAUUCCCUUCAGGAUUAAGAGCUUCCUCCUCCAGCCCCAGUUUCUGGACUAUUGAGCCUGUAUCUGCAGGUCUUCACAACAGGCAGCCAGGACAGUGUGGCCUCAGCCUGCCCCAGUCCUGGAGCACAGGCAGGCUGCACAUGAUGCUACUCAGCAGUGCAGGGUGGAGCCAUGCCCUUGGAACCAGGACUGUGCCACUGGAGCUGCAGGGCUGGGAGCCCCAGCAGUGCUGGCAGUAG